AUGUUGAAUGAUGAGGAGGGUAUCAUGAAAGAUGCCAAGACUUGGUUCAGUUUUUCUUUCGAAGGGAAGCCAACAACGAUCACAGGGGUUUCCGGAACACCAAGACUUGAAUUUUAUGACACGGAUUUUGGAUGGGGAAAGCCUAAAAAGUAUGAAACGAUUUCGAUAGAUUAUAGUGAAACGAUUUCUAUGAACACCACCAAAGAAUCGAAUCAAGAUCUGGAGAUUGGUGUGUGCCUUUCGCGUAGUGAGAUGGAGGCGUUUAUUGGUAUCUUUAAUGGGGAAUUAGUAAAUUACAUGUAG